AUGACUGCUCGUCAGCUUGCCGCCCUUCGUGAACUUGCCGCGCUUGCUGAGGUCGGUGUUGCUCCAAGUCCACCUCCGCCGACGAGCAUUCGGGUGAUCCCAAACCCGCGGCUGACACGGCGCCGCUUCUCGCUCGCGCUCUCGUUCCCUCCCGAGCUCGUCGAAUUGAUCGGCCAUGCGCUGAUCGGCAAGGACCCCAAGAUGAUUCAGUCAACGCACUAUGGUGAUCUGUGUCGCUCGUCGCUCGUGUGUCGUGCGUGGUCGGGUCAGAUGCAGAUGCUCUUGUGCCAGAUCGUCGUUCUGCGUGAUCAUCACCAGCUCAAGGCGUUCGUGCGCUCGGGACUCACGCACCGCUAUCGCACUCCGCAACUGUCGCUCGAGCUCGAGCUCGAGCUCGAGAAAGAGAACACGACGGCCAAAGAGCGGCGACGCAUGCGUCGACACCCAGACGAAAGCGACGAGACCACCGGUUCGCUCUGCAAGACUUUGAUGCGCACCGCCCAAGGAGUCGUUUCCCUCUCGAUCGGAGCUUGCGACUUUGAGCUCGAUCAAGAGUCGAUUGACAACCUCAAAGGUACGUAAUUUGUCGUCCUUCCGGAGCGAUGCAGGAACAAGCGUUCUUUGUACUAAUUUGCCGCCUCGGACAAUCAACCCUGUCACAAUAGAUGUUCAGAACUUUCGCCUCUCGAGCUCCUGCACGGUCCGCUCGGCCCCCGAUUUCCAACCCCUUGAAUGGCCAAACAUUCGCACAUUCCAUGUCGAUGGGACCGACCCCGCAGUCGCCCUUGCUGUCGUGAACAGCUACGGAAUGCCAGGGCUCUCUCAAGCGUCGCUUUACCCCAAGCCGGAGCAAUUCCAAGAGACCGAGAUCGCCAAAUUCUCUUCGGCUUCUUCAACACUUACGGCGGCAUUCUCGCCCACAUGGUCUUGAGUUGCCUCGAUUUCGAGGACGAGGAAUACUACCGAUUGGGAGAGUUGUUGAAGCUGUCACUGCGACCUUGCCAUGCGUUAAAAGUCCUCAAGCUCACGGCGACCCAAUUCGCGAAGCUCAUCGACUACAUCCCUGCGACGGUGCAGAUUCAACAACUCACGCUCCAGUACUCUGUCACGACUCGCACGGCGGCGAUUGAAGCGGCCGACCAAGCCAUGAAGAUGAUCCGCGCACCUUGCUUGGACGACCUAUGGUAUCUCGGUGUUCAACAAGAGAAGCAGAAUCUUUUUGGACAACAGGUUGAGGGGGGUGGGGUCAUGUUCUUUGCUUCGUUCGGACAACGCGAGGAGGUGCCCCCUUUCGAUAUCGAGGUGUAUUGGGAGCCGCUGAAGCAGUUCUGUCGCGAUAACAAGAUCUUGUUCCGCUUCAAUCUUGAUAGCUGGUGA